GGGACCCUUUCUACACUGAAAUCAAAUAGGUAUGAUUAAUUCUUAAAACUUACAACAGACAUCCACCGAAAAUAAAUUGUUACUUAAGAAUAGAUUUCAGGUAAUCGAUGUGGGAGUAUAGAUUGGCUUGGAAGACAAGUCACGAACGGAUCAGAAAGGGCAGUGACGAUUGGCGGUUGCCAUGGCAACUCCGCGGUUCCUCUGUUUCCUUGCAUUCUUCUUCAAAAUCCUUCACACCAUCUCCUCCAUUACCGAUCCUCGUGACGCUGCUGCUCUUCAAUCUCUCAAGGAUCAAUGGAAGAAUACACCUCCUAGUUGGGGAAAGGCUGAUGAUCCUUGCGGAGCACCUUGGGAAGGAAUCACCUGCAACGACUCCAGGGUUACUGCAAUGGGUUUAUCAACAAUGGGCCUGAAAGGGAAACUAAGUGGUGAUAUUGGGGGCUUGACAGAAUUGAGAUCCUUGGAUUUAUCAUUUAAUCGAGGACUCACUGGUUCCUUGUCUCCCCGGUUAGGUGACUUGCAAAAAUUGAAUAUCCUAAUCCUGGCUGGCUGUAGCUUCACUGGCAAUAUUCCUCCAGAACUCGGCAAUCUCGCACAACUCUCUUUCUUGGCCUUGAAUUCAAACAACUUUACGGGCGGAAUUCCAUCUUCUUUGGGUAAACUCUCCAAGCUCUACUGGUUGGACAUUGCAGACAAUCAGUUGACAGGUGAUCUUCCAGUUUCAACACCCACUGAUCCGGGUCUCGACCUGCUUUUAAAGGCUAAGCACUUCCACUUCAAUAAGAACCAACUUUCAGGUACCAUUCCCCCAAAGCUGUUCAGCUCUAAGAUGGUACUCAUACAUGUGUUGUUUGAUGGAAAUCAAUUUACUGGAAGUAUCCCAACCACGUUAGGACUCAUUCAGACUAUUGAGGUUCUUCGGCUGGAUAGAAAUGCUUUGACAGGAAAGGUCCCAUUAAAUCUAAACAACCUCACAAACAUCAAUGAACUGAAUUUAGCACACAAUAACCUGACCGGCCGUUUACCAGAUCUAGCACAAAUGAGUACACUUAAUUAUGUGGACCUGAGCAAUAAUUCAUUUGAUCCAUCAGAUGCUCCUGUUUGGUUUUCAACCUUACCCUCAUUAACCACUCUCAGGGUCAUAGAGUAUGGAUCACUUGAAGGAACUCUACCACAAAAGCUCUUCAGCUUUCCUCAGAUACAGCAAGUGAGACUCAAGAACAACGCCUUUAAUGGUACAUUGAACUUGGGUGACAGCAUUGGCCAACAAUUGCAGUUAGUUGAUUUGCAGGACAACAGGAUAUCAUCAGUGACCUUAAGUUCUGAAUAUACAGAUACAUUGAUACUUGUAGGAAACCCAGUUUGCACAACUGCUCUAUCGAAUACUAACUACUGUCAGCUUCAGCAGCAACCCACAAAGCCAUAUUCUACCAGUCUGGCAAACUGUGGAAGCAAAUUGUGUCCACUUGAUCAGAAGUUGAGCCCCCAAAGCUGUGAAUGUGGUUAUCCAUAUGAGGGUACGUUGUACUUCAGAGGACCUUCCUUUAGGGACACAUCCAAUGUGAACUUGUUCCAUGCCCUGGAGAUGAGCUUGUGGGUGAAACUGGACCUUACUCCUGGUUCAGUUUUUAUUCAGAAUCCUUUCUUCAACGUUGACGAUUAUCUGGAGGUGCAGCUCACACUGUUUCCCGCUGGUGGAAAGUAUUUCAAUAGGUCAGAAGUACAGAGGAUUGGAUUUGAUUUAAGUAAUCAAACUUACAAGCCUCCGCCAGAAUUUGGACCGUAUUACUUUAUUGCUUCUCCUUAUGCAUUUCCAGCAGAACAUGGGGGAAAUUCUAUAAGCCCUAGUGUUGUAUUUGGAAUAGCCAUUGGGUGUGCCUCAUUGGUUCUCUGCCUUGUGGGAGUAGUAAUAUAUGCCAUUCGCCAAAAGAAACGUGCUGAAAAAGCUAUUGGGUUCAGUAAGCCGUUUGCAUCGUGGGCACCCAGUGGAAAAGAUAGUGGUGGGGGAGCACCACAAUUGAAAGGAGCACGCUGGUUCUGCUAUGAGGAACUUAAGAAGUGCACCAAUAAUUUCUCUGAAAGCAAUGAAUUAGGUUAUGGGGGUUAUGGCAAGGUUUACAGAGGCAUCCUCCCAGAGGGACAAGUAGUAGCAAUUAAAAGGGCCAAGCAAGGAUCAAUGCAGGGUGGAGCUGAGUUCAAAACAGAGAUUGAGUUGCUUUCACGAGUUCAUCACAAGAAUCUUGUUGGGCUCGUGGGAUUUUGUUUUGAACAAGGAGAGCAGAUGUUGGUUUAUGAGUACAUGGCCGGAGGAACACUUAGACACUGCUUGUCAGGAAGAUCAAAUAUCGAAUUUGAUUGGAAAAGACGACUACGAAUUGCUCUUGGGUCAGCUAGAGGACUUGCUUAUCUGCACGAGCAUGCAAACCCUCCUAUUAUCCAUAGAGACAUCAAGUCCACCAACAUUUUACUUGAUGAAAAUUUGACAGCCAAAGUUGCAGAUUUUGGAUUAUCAAAAUUAGUAUCAGACACCUCUAAAGGACAUGUCUCAACUCAAGUUAAAGGGACGCUGGGAUAUCUGGAUCCAGAGUACUACAUGAGUCAACAAUUAACAGAGAAAAGCGAUGUUUUCAGUUUUGGAGUGGUAAUGCUGGAGCUAGUAACAGCAAAGCAACCAAUUGAGAAGGGAAAGUACAUAGUGCGGGAGGUCCGAAUGGCAAUAGACAGAAGUGAGGAGGAGUACUGGGGUCUAAGUGAUCUAAUUGAUCCCAGGCUUAAACGGUGUAGAGAUGAGAUGGGUAAUAAUGGAUUUGUUAGGUUUGUGGAGCUGGCAUUGCAGUGUGUGGAAGAAUCAGCUGCACAUCGUCCAACCAUGAGUGAAGUGGUGAAGGCUAUUGAAACCAUUCUACACAGUGAUUUAUCUGCUACUACUUCAGCAUCUUCAUCAGCUACUGAUUUUGCCUCUUCAAAAUUACAUCUUCAUGCAUUUGAUUACAGUGGUGGAUUUACUUUUUCGUCAAAGCUUGAACCCAAGUAGGAUAUUCAUUCCUUCAACUUUCGGUUUUUUUUUUUUUUUUCUUAAUUACUUGCUAUCUUAUUUUAUAAAUUUAUCUUCUCUCUUUCUCCAUCUCUUGUCUGCUGCUUUUUAAAGUUGUAAAGGUAAAAUAUUGGUUCAUACUGUAACAAGAAUGUCUUGUAUCCUCAAAACA